GCAGAAUUCAUGAUUAAAAUAUGAUAUUUCAUACUAAUUUAAAGAGAUUCUUAUAGAAUAAAAAUGUCACGGGCUUCCUGUAUUAUUAUCUGUACCACUGCUAUCUCAUUCCUACUUCAUAUCAAAUUAUUUGAAUUAUCUGUAACACCAUUUAGUCCACUAUCGGCCCUCGCAAUGCUACGACCGGCUUUCACAUUUUUAUUAGUCUUCCUCACACUAAUUGUAAAUUCGAAAUGUUUAACUUUGCUCAAAAGGCAAAAGAGAAUAGUAGGAGGAAUAACAGCCGCACAGCCUCCCGAGGAUGAUCCUGUGGUUUUUGUGAAUAAAAAUAAUCACGAUGCUCGAGUCUACGGGAUGCGCGAUCCUAAGAAAGGAUUUUAUGUGUUUCGGGGAAUUAGAUUUGGCGAGCCACCAGUUGGACGUUCACGAUUUCAAAGACCAAAAGCUGCUAACUUAGAGGGAGAGUUCAAUGCUACAAGAUGGGCUGCUCCAUGUCCUCAGCCAAAUAAGGACAAAAAUGGAAAAAUCAUUGGAUCAGAAGAUUGUUUGUUUUUAAAUGUAUUCACCCCAAUGUUACCAGAUUCUGGCGACGGAUAUCCUGUCUUAAUUUGGAUACAUGGGGGUGGCUUCAGAAGGGGUGCUGCAUGCCAAUAUGAAAUGAGAAAUCUUAUUAAGAAGAAAAUGGUUGUUGUAUCCAUUCAGUUCAGAUUAGGAUCAUUAGGAUUCUUGAGUACAGGCACCAAAGAAUUACCAGGCAAUAACGCAAUGUUUGAUAUGACAUUGGCAAUAAAUUGGGUCAGAAAUUAUAUAGAGUACUUUGGUGGAAAUCCAAAAAAAAUUAUUGCCUUUGGUCAUGGUACCGGUGCCAGUUCAGCUAUCAUGCUUUCCUUAUCUAAACUUACUAAAAAUUUUUUCACCGGACUGAUUGCUAUGUCUGGUUCGAUUCUUUCCAAUUUUGCAAUUGACAAGGAUCCAAUGCGUACUGCAAAAUACAUAGCAUCUCAACAUGACUGUCCUACUGAUUAUAUUCCAGAUAUGGUACAGUGUCUUCGAGAAUUAUCAGUAGAGCAAUUGUUGCAAGUUGAUUCAAAACUCGAAACUGCACGAAUGGUGGCCCAAGGAUUUCUUUCAGGAUUGUCUACGUUAUUGGGACCUGGUCCAGUUAUAGAAGGCAGUGACGAUGAGAGGUCAUUACCAAAUUUUAUGACAGAAACACCGGAAGUCGCUUUGAAAAUGGGAAAUUUCCCAGAGAUUCCAUUACUGACUGGAGUAAUGAAGGAUGAAACGGGUGGUGCUAUUUUUGGCAGUUACAAGAGUGAAAUUGAGAAAAAAUUAAAAAUUCCAAACUUCUUGAACAAAGAUUUAGUUCAAAAUCUUCAGAGUACUAUACCGAUUUUUGGAAAUGUAUCAAAUCCCUUUUCCUUCGAAGCUUUCAGAAAUUAUUUUAAUGUCUUUAAUGGGAAUCAAGGAUAUAAUGAAAUUGCAAAAGUGUCAGAGGCAGUAGGGGACGCUCUCUAUAAUGUUCCUGCAUUUUUAACAAGUGAACAUUGGAGCAAGAAAGCUAAAACAUUUCUCUACAGUUUUGAUCACAAAGGACAAAAUAAUUAUGCUAAAGAUUUUCUUGCUGGUCUACCUAUAGUGGAUGCUAAGACUUCAAAAGAGAGUACUGCUCAUGGUGAUGAGCUAGGAUACAUUUUUGGACGAAAUUCCAUUACCGGUCAGGAAAUACCUGAUGAAAAUAAUCUAUCGGAAGACGAUAAGCACGUUACAGAUGUAUUCACAGAUAUGAUAGCUACUUUUGCAUGGAAUGGAAAACCAGUACUUUCUCACAAAUCAAAUAAUGGUACCCAAAUGUUUAGUACCAUUCCACAAUUUUCAGAUGAUAAAAAUCGAUUCAUUAGUAUCAGUUCAAAGUCUGAACUUAAAGAAAACUUCAGAUAUUGCCAAAUGGCUUUAUGGGCCGGAAUUACUAAUAGACUGGGAUCAGUCUAUUGCAAUUUAUUCAAUGGCACAGUAGAGUUCGCACGUAAUAUUGGUAAUAUAAAAAAUAUAGUUCCUAAUGUUAUAUUAGGAACAAAGAUACUUAAUACCAAAUCAGAGAAACAAAUUGAACCAGAAGCGAGUAAAGUCAUAAAAGAGACUACAAGUCAAAAAAACAUACAGAACGCUGUACGAAAUCUUAACUUGAGAUACUUUGGUUAAGGAAUUACGGAAAAGUAUCGAUAUGAAAGUUGACAAUAUCUUGUGAAUACACCAAGAACUCACCGUGAGCACAACACGAUCUUUUUCUGGUGUAAUGUCCUUCAAAAUAUGAGGUAGAAGUUCAUCUCCCACCAUCUCAAUGCCUGACAAAGUCCCCAGAUA